AUGGCCCGGCCUGGGCAGCGUUGGUUCUGCAAGUGGCUGGUCGCUAUGGUCGUGUUGGCAUUGUGCAGGCUCGCCACGCCGCUGGCCAAAAACCUGGAGCCCGUGUCCUGGAGCUCCCUCAAUCCCAAGUUCCUGAGUGGGGAAGGCCUGGUGAUCUAUCCAAAGAUUGGAGACAAGUUGGACAUCAUAUGCCCCCGAGCAGAAGCAGGGCGGCCCUACGAGUACUACAAGCUGUACCUGGUGCGCCCGGAGCAGGCAGCUGCCUGCAGCACUGUGCUUGAUCCCAAUGUGCUGGUCACCUGCAAUAGGCCAGAGCAGGAAAUCCGCUUCACCAUCAAGUUCCAGGAGUUCAGCCCCAACUACAUGGGCCUGGAGUUCAAGAAACAACAUGAUUAUUACAUUACCUCUACAUCUAAUGGAAGCCUAGAGGGUUUGGAGAACCGAGAGGGAGGUGUGUGCCACACACACACUAUGAAGAUCAUCAUGAAGGUUGGGCAAGAUCCCAAUGCUGUGACACCUGAGCAGUUGUCUACCAGUCGGACCAGCAAGGAGGCAGACAACAGUAUUAAGAUGGUCACACAGGCUCCUGGUGGUCAAGGAGCUUUGGGUGAUUCUAAUGAAACUGUAAACCAGAAAGAGAAAAGCAGUCCAGGUGCGAGUGGUGGUGGCAGCGGUGAUCCUGACAGCUUCUUCAACUCCAAAGUGGCAUUGUUCGCAGCUGUUGGUGCUGGCUGUGUCAUCUUCUUACUCAUCAUCAUCUUCCUGACAGUUUUGCUACUAAAGCUACGUAAGCGGCACCAUAAGCACACACAGCAGAGGGCACCUGCCCUCUCACUCAGUACCCUAGCCAGUCCCAAGGCGGGCAGUGGCACUGUGGGAACUGAGCCCAGUGACAUCAUCAUCCCUUUACGGACUACAGAAAACAAUUACUGCCCCCACUAUGAGAAGGUGAGUGGGGACUAUGGGCACCCCGUCUACAUCGUCCAGGAGAUGCCACCCCAGAGCCCAGCGAACAUCUACUACAAGGUCUGAGAGCCUGGUGACCUCAGGUCUGGAAGGACAGUUGGCUUGGACCACACUUCUCUCUCCCCUAUACCCUUCCCUUUGCCAGCUGUGCCCACCUUUGUAUUUAGUUUUGUAGUUUCUUGGCUUUUAUACUCCCCUUUUGUCCUGCCCUGGGGCUUUGGAGGGGUACUCAUGCCCCCACCCCCAUGCUCUUGUGCCUUCCCCCUUUGGCCGGGCCUCUGGGUUCUGUGGGGGUGCCCCUUUGUGGGGGGCAGGGUUGGAUGAUGAUGGACAGUAGACAGGGAUAUGUUCCCAUGGUCAUGUCUUCAUGCCCCCUUGCCAGGAUUGCUUGUCUGCUAUCAUCACUGCUUUUAAAGUUUUGUGUUUAUUUUUUUAGCUGUCAACUUGUUUUCAUCUGUUUUUGAAGAAAAAUGAAAAAGGCAUCCCCUCCCUUCCCUGGCCUUCUGAGCCUAGACCAACCCUGUGUAAGGGGCCUAGGGCAGGAUGCAUAGAAUGUUAUUGUAGGUUUCUUGGUGUUUCUUUGGUGGGAGCAGAGUGGUCAUCAAACCAGAAUUGUAUGUACCCAUUAGAGAUGAAAAGAGUGCCAUUGGUCAAAGUGUUUUGCCCUUCCCUUUUGACCUUUCUUCUACAAAGCUGAUCUUGGCAAGGGGGUGGCAACUGCCACCAAAAAAAAUCCCUUCCUUGUGGGAUUCUUGGGCAUCUCCUGCUUCCCUCACUCUCACGGUAAUUAACGUCUUAAUUGGCUGUUGCCUAAGGAACAGGAGAGCUGCUGUAGGCAGAUGACCUCAUAGAAGGUGGAGGGAGGUGAGGUGCCCUGCUAUUUGCCCUGCAGAACUGGGAGUCACCCCCCAAACUCCAUCCAUUCCUGUUCUCUCAUCUUUGCCAUUUUUGGCCUGGCAGGGAAGGAGAAGCUUCGUUAGAGACCAAAGUGUGUAUAAGACCAGGUGGCCUGCUUUUCUGGGCUCUAACAUAGAUGGGUUUUCAACCAACUCAGCUCUCACUAAUUUCCCGGUCUUGGGUUGAAAGAGGAAGAGGCUGCCAAGGCUGGGCCAAGAUGCUGUGCACUUUGACCCCAGCUCCUUGCCAGCAUGGUUGCUAACAGACUGCCAAACGAGUGUGCCUUGCAGGCUCUCCCACAGUGACCAUGGAAGGAGCUGGGCCUUACACCAUCCACUCCACACUGCCUACCAGCCAGCUGCCCCCAGUGCUGGUUGGGAGAGGGAA